AGGAAACUAGCCCUUUUCUUCGUUCCGCCUGAACGUCAACACACGCACGUUACCGAGGUGGAGUAAAUUUUUUCCUAAAAUCUACGAUUCUUUUGCGUAAAAAUGCCGCAAGAAAUCAAGGAAGUAAAAGAUUUUCUCAUCAAGGCGCGGAGGAAGGAUGCUCGCGCUGUCAAGAUAAAGAAGAACGAAACCAACACGAAGUUCAAGAUCCGAUGCUCCCGGUACCUGUACACGCUAGUGGUUAAGGACAUGGAGAAGGCUGAGAAGCUGAAGCAGUCACUGCCACCCGGCCUGCAGGUUAAGGAAGUGAAGUGAAGCAGUGCAGCUCUCGAUUGUGUUUACGGCCUUCCGGUCUGAAUUCCGGAUGGCAGAUUCCCCUCGGUGGUAAUGUGCUGGUGUCGGUCAUGUACUCCGUGUUUGCGGCUAACAUAGUGCAUGUAAUGUGACGAGUGUUACAAUUGCAUCAUGUGGGUGGCGGUAAAUAAAGAGAAUGUGAUGGAAUCGUAGAAGCAUUUUGUCAUUUGAUUUAUUCA